AUGUUCGUGUCUCUCUUCUGCGCUCUCAAGAGUGCCUCCGAUGGACAAAUCAAGAAAUGGCGCCCUGUUGGCGCUGACCGUGGAUUCACUUUUCUCACUUACAAUCUCACCAUCGCCUAUCACCGGACCAAUCUUCUCGGUCGUUAUGGUAGCUGGUCAGGUAGUGAUACAGGUGGUGCCUUAGAAGCUCUUGGAUUCAGAGAGGGAUAUAGAGUUGAUGUUGAUGUUCCAGACAGCACAUGGGAAAGGGCUCUAAGUUUCCACGAUAUUCUAAUUUUUAACACGGGGCACUGGUGGUGGGCCCCUGCAAAAUUUGACCCUGUGAAGUCCCCAAUGCUUUUCUUCAAGAAUGGUCAGCCAGUAAUCCCUCCAUUACGGCCAGAUCAAGGCCUGGAUAUGGUUUUGGAGCACAUGAUCAAGUAUGUGGAGAAAAAUGCAAGGCCUGGUGCAGUCAAAUUUUUUCGUACUCAAUCACCCAGACAUUUUGAAGGUGGAGACUGGGAUCAGGGUGGUUCCUGUCAAAGGGAUAGACCUUUGUCGAUAGAGCAGGUAGAAGAACUUUUCUCUGUGAAGAAUAAUGGGACAAAUGUGGAGACUAGACUAGUGAAUGAGCACCUCUACAAGGCUCUCAAGGGAUCUGGUUUCAUUAUUUUGGACAUCACUCACAUGAGUGAGUUCAGGGCUGAUGCACAUCCAGGCUCAGCUGGGGGGAAAAAACAUGAUGAUUGCAUGCACUGGUGCUUACCUGGAAUUACAGAUACCUGGAAUGACUUGUUCAUAGAGCUUCUGAAUAGUAAGUAUCAAGGGUAG